UAUUACCCACCAAAACUCACACACAUACACACCACCCAGUACUCCCUUUAACGCCUGUUCCUCAUCAUCUCAGGCCGGCAGACCCACCAGGAUGACUUGUGAAAUCCGCACAGAAACCGUGGAGCUGGAGCAGGUCGAAAACAGUCUUACUGAGGAGGACAGCGUGGUGAGAAGCGGUGGCGUGUUUCGCUCCGUGCUGCGCGGCCUCCUCUGGCCCUUCGGCAUCUUGGUUUACACAUACCGCGGGUUUUGGUGGGUGUUGGGUUACCGGCAGCCGCAGGAGAAGGCCGUCCUCAGCCCCUCGGUCCUCAGCCCCUCGGUCCUCAGCCCGUCGGUCCUCAGCCCCUCGGUCCUCAGCUCCUCGGUCCUCAGCCCCGGACGCCAGAGCCUCUCCAGCCGCAAGCGCCUGCACCGGGUCACCCGCCUGCUGCUGUCCGUGCUGCCCCGCUGGGUGCAGAGUAAACUGGGAUACCCGGUGUUUAGCAGCAUCGGGCUCUCCUUCUCACCAGAAAUCGGAGUCUCUCCUACUAAACCUUGUGGAAAGGGCAGCAAGAGAAAGCAGAAUGAGUUGGACGAGGAUGAAGAAGAAGAGGAGAGUCAGACCUGGGUGGAGACGCUUAAUCAGGAGCUCGCUGAUGACGAGGACCUCGAGGUGGAUCCCGACUAUGAGCCCAGUUCUAUCGAGACUGAGAGUGAAGAGUACUGCUCGCACAAUGACACGGAAAGCGACUUUGAGAUGCAGGGGAAUCGAGUGCUCAUUGAAGACGUGAACACGGAUGUUGAGCUGUCCACUCCAGAUGAAGUGUCUUACCCUGCUGUUUAAAUGGGUUAUAUUGAAGAAUGUUGUAUUCAAUGCUUUUGUAUGUUAAUGUAUUAAUUCAAUAAAAUUGUUAUUUGCCUUGACAUUGCUCUGGCCUCCCACUA